AAGGAUAUGAAGAUGUUUAAUAAAUUUUUCCAAGAUCCGAGCGAAAAAGAAUAUAUCGACAGAAAACAAAAAAGAGCUCGUUUAGGUGAAUUGGUUGAUAGAGAGUAUUUGGAAACGCUUAAUACUUAUUAUCUUGAAGAUAUUGAUUUGGUAUAUCCUGAGAAUUUAAAAUUUGAAAAUAUUGUUAAUCUUUGCGGUAAUGAUUGCGCUCAAUGUUUCGGUGUUAAGAUCUAUGAGAAUUUCUUUGAUACUCUUUUAUAG